AUGUUUGAUUCUAAACGAAGGCUCUGCCUGCAGAAUGCAGAGAAUUCUUCAAAUUACCGAGACCAAGCUCAGUAUUCUACAGAUUCUUCUGAAGAUGAGAAGCCUUCAUCCCCUUCCUCCUCUGCAGGAGAGGAUGCCAAGUUCACCCAAGGCGUCCUCUCCUCCCCCUUCUCUGAUUACUUGAUUCAGUCGUUUUUGGGGGAGGGCAUCUUUGGAGAAGUCGUCAAGUGCGUAAAGUCAGCCACUCAGGAAACGGUGGCUGUGAAGAUAAUGAACAACAACAACUCAGCAGCUGAUGUACAGAACGAGGUGGCCAUCCUUCAACAACUGCAAGCUUUCGAAUCAGACAAAUUCAACAUUAUCAGAUUCAUGGACUCUUUUAUCGACGGAGAGCAUGUUUGUCUUGAGUUUGAAAUGCUGGACAUGAAUCUGUGGGAUUUCUUGGAAAAGACACCUUUACACUUUCUCUCUGUAAAACAAAUCCAACCAAUCCUUCACCAGAUGGCCACAGCUCUGCAACUCCUGAGGAGCCUUGGAGUUGUACAUACAGACCUCAAACCAGACAACAUCAUGUUGGUGGACGAUGUAAACAAGCCAUUCAAGAUUAAGAUUAUUGACUUUGGCUUGGCCCGUUAUGUCUCUCAGAUCAAAUCGGGCUCAUACAUACAGCCACGCUAUUACAGGUCUCCAGAGGCCAUCCUGGGAUUUCCCUUCACAACAGCCAUUGACAUGUGGUCUUUGGGCUGCAUUGCUGCAGAGCUUUUCCUGGGCUAUGCGCUGUACCCCGGCAGCUGCGACUACGACAUGCUACAGCAUAUGGUGCAGACUCAGGGUCAGCUGCCACACAAACUUCUAAACAACGGCAUCAAAACCUGGUGCUUUUUCCGCAGAAACAGGGGCCGCAGACGUAGCUGGAGAUUAAAGACGCCAUUUGAAUACGGACAAGUCACCCGCAGCGAGAGCUAUUUCAACUCCCUGAAUGACCUGAAGAAGAUAAGACCAGCCUGCCAUCUGUCAAAAGAGGACACCAUGGCAGAAAGCAAAGACCAGGAGAACUUUGUGGAUUUGCUCAAGAAGAUGCUUCAUCUGGACAAUGGUCAACGGAUAACACCCGGCCAACUUCUGGAGGAUCCAUUCAUCACCAUGUGCGACCUGGCGAACAGCUACCCCGACAGCUUUUAG